CCCCCCCCCCUCCCCACACACAUCUUUCGCCCCCUCCCCGCGUCGUUCCCUCCCCCUUCGCCGUCGCCAUGAUCCUGCUGUUCGACGAGCCCCUCGUCCACAGCUACUACAACGUGGCCUUCCGGUCUGCGUGGCUGGGCGCCGUGGCCGGUGCCGGCCUGGUGUGGUUCUUUGUUGGCCCCUGCAUCAAUGUAUUCGGUAUCUACAUCGGCGCGGUGGCCUUCUUCCAUCUGAUGGAGUACCUGAUGACGGCCCCCUUCAAGUCCGGCAAGGACCUGAACAUGGACACCUUCCUGCUCAACCAGACGGUCGCCUACCAGAUGGCCUUCGCCUUCUCGGUGUUCGAGUUCCUGGCCGAGUGCUUCCUCUUCCCGGACUUCAAGCUCCGCGCCGGGUGGAUGGUCCCGGUCCGGGCCGUCGGCCUGGUGCUGGUGGUGGCCGGGCAGUUCUUCCGCUCGCGGGCCAUGUGGGAGGCCGGCCGGUCUUUCAAUCACUUUGUCCAGUCCGAGCGCCGGUCCGAUCACACCCUGGUCACCAAGGGCCUGUAUGCCAUCAUCCGGCACCCGAGCUACUUCGGCUUCUACUGGUUCAGCAUCGGCACGCAGCUGCUCCUGGGGAACCCCAUCGGCCUGGUGGCGUACCUGGUGGCCCUGCAGGCCUUCUUCGCCAGCCGCAUCGUCGACGAGGAGUUCCACCUGUGCCGCAUGUUCCCCGGUCAGUAUGAGGCCUACAUGGCCCGGGUGCACCGGUGGAUGCCGCUGAUCAUGCCGCCGGCGCGCAAGACCAUGCCGGCGGCCGGCGCCGAGAAGGACCCCACCAAGGCCCAGUAGUAUGGCCGCGCUGUGGGGCCCCUCUCCCCUUGCCUGGGUUUCCUGCUUUCUCUCUCUCUCUCUUGCCUCCCCGGUCCCCUGCUUGUUCGCUCUUUUCCUGGCCGCGGCCCGAGUUCCCCCUUCCGCGUGUCCAGGAGAAGGGUCUCAAGGGGAGGGGAGCACACGCGAGAGCCCCUCCUCACAAGACAAAUACAUACAAGCACCCAGUGCGCACAUAUGCC